UUCUUUGAGAGUUUUAUGAGCUCUUUACAUGUUCCUAAUCAGCACUAUAUUUAAAAAACCAAAGCUAACACCUUCAGUACCUUGAUAGUUAAUCUGGGAAUUGUUUCAAAGCAUUGAAAGAAAAAAGAAAAUCGAAAAGAGGGAUGCCUUUUUAUUGACGCUCCCUAUAAAAUCAAUCCCCCGCUGGUCAGGUCGCCUAGCCUGACAGUCAACGGCGUGCAAGAAGUACAGGGAGGCAACCCAACUUCCGAGCUUCAGUGUUGUAGCCUGCUUUAGGCAAUUCAUCAUCACGUUAAAAUGGAAAAGGUUGGAGGGACCUCAGAAGGGCCAGAGAGUCGGUCAGCUACAGGGGAAGAGACUCCUGCCGGAAGAUGUGCUGCACUUGAAGAGCAAGAAACAAAGCGAAAAAAAAGACAUCACAACAGGAAAAGAAGAAAAAAAAAUAGACUGGAAACCACAGAAGAAAAAGCUAACCCGGAUCCGAACGUUAUCAAAAAAUCAUUUUCAGAUGGGCAUCAAAACAUUUGUCAAUGCCUAGAGAAAGAGCCAUCAAAAACCAGCGCAAAUCUUGCUGGAAUGGACAAGCAAACUCAGACAGACAGUCAAGAAGAUUGUGAAAGAUGCAGGCACACAAAAACCAAACACAAGGAAACCCAAACACCAGCAAACAAUAUGCAAGUGGAAAACAAGGAAACACAGACCGAGGAAAAAUGUCUGAAUACCGGGAGCUUUAUUUACAGUGACCCAAAAGACAAACCUAGAGACCACCCAAAGGAACCCGAUGACCCAGCACAGAAACCUGGAGAGCAAAAACAAAGCAAUAUGAAUGAGACUAAAAGUGCUGGUGAUCGAAAGGAGAAAACUGAAGGACAGGCAGAAAAAGAUGAACAUCAGCAGCAGGAUUCUGGAGACCAAAUGGCAAAAAAUAUGAAUGAGACUAAAAGUGCUGGUGAUCGAAAGGAGGAAUCUAAAGGACAGGAGCAAAAAGGUGACUGUCCACAGGAGGAGUCUGGAGACCAAAAGCCAAAAAAUAUGAAUGAGACUAAAAGUGCUGGUGAUCGAAAGGAGGAAACUGAGGGACAGGAGCAAAAAGAGGAACAUCAGCAGCAGGAUUCUGGAGACCAAAAGCCAAAAAAUAUGAAUGAGACUAAGAAGCAGAAGCAAAACCAGGAAAACCAGAAACAGAUGUUAGAGGACCAGAAAAAUAUAUCUGAAGGUCAGCAACCAACAUCAAGAUGUAAGCAGGACAGGAAUACACAGGAUUCAAAGAUGGACAGCAAUGAAGACAGAAGCAAUGCCAAUCUGAAACAGAGAGAGCAGGACAAGGUUCAUGCAGCACACAGGAAAGUAUCUCCAGGUAGAGAACAUCUUACCAUUUACAUUCACUUAGUCCUGAGCAAGAACUUCAGGUUUAACCAGAGUCAGGACCAUCUGGUGGUCCAUACUGGAGACAGUAGCUUCCAUGUUAAGAUUAGUUUCUUCAAAGGAAUUAACAAACAACGUUACUUGGUUGAAGGGUCAAUAUCCUUAGAUGCAAAGGAACUCAGAGGAAAAUUUUUUAAGUAUCAAUAUGCAGUACAAAAGAAAACCACAUCGAUUCUGGAAAUGGCUGAACACAUUUUGUGUAUCCGAGAAGUCGACCAGUGUACCGAGAUUCAUGUAUACGAGGGCUACAUUGAUUCACUGCAGCCCAAGAACUUCAUUAAUACAAUGAUGAAAAUGUUUAUCUCACCUGAAAUACCGUCAAUGAGACAAACUGCUUGGAAAGAUCUAUUGGAGAGAAUCUUUCAAAAACUGGAAUUGUCAAGUAUGAAAAGUAGAGAACAUUUUCUUCAAAACCUUUGGCACUUCACUGAAUGUUUUGCCAUGUCUGGGCAGAGGGAAAUUUAUCCACACGCAUCAGUCAUACAGCCAAUUACUUUAAAUCAGUUGAAUGAGAUGAUUCUGGAGCAACUUUUUCAAUUCCUGGAGAAGCAAACUCAAAUCAACAGUGUGACAUCUCCAAACAGUAGACCUGUGGUGAAGAAGAACUCUGUGGUGGCCAUGUUGUUUGCUUUCCAAGUGAUUGAAAAUUUCAGACUACAGCCUAGUGGAAAGCAGUGGGCACAGGUCUGUCGGCUAUCAUUGUGCCCAAAUCUUACUUUUGAGGAGCACAGAAAAGAUCUGGAAGAAGCUAUGGCGGCUUUUGAAAACACCAAAUCAGUAGUAAUUCGCUUGAUGAACACGUGCAUAAUAAAAGCAGUGGCAGAGGUGGCUUUGUUGGUCCCGCUUCUGCACACACUGCCAGCACAUACUGAAACUUCUAGCCAACCUGAAGAUGGAAGGUCAAUGUCAGAAGAGCGAUGGGCUGGACUGGAGAGAGUGAAAUUUCAAAACCUGAGAGAAGAGCUAAAGAGAAAGCCUGACAAGACAAAAAUUCUUCUUGAACUCAUGGCUGAAUACAAGCAACUUGUCGAUACAGAUUCCCAGCUGAAGCUCAGUUGGCUAACUCUACUUCCUAUGGAAAAAACUGCGGAAUAUGCCAAGAUGAUGGCAAUUGAUUUAGAAGACAUUGUCCACAGUGUGUUUUAUAGGAUGCGUGAGCUCCAAAGGAAGCUAAAUCAGUACAGCAGUCAGAAAGAGAGCGACCUAAAGGACAUCUAUGACAAUAUUGUAUUCAUGAAGCAACAGAUUGAAAAUAAGGAAACACUCCCACUGUUUGAGCCAAAAAGCUCUCUGUUCCAACAUUGUAUUCAAAUCCACUCAAUGGUUUGCACAAUGACAACGUUGAGUUCUUGCCACACUGCACUGCUGUCUUUCGAGAUGGUUAUAAGAGUUGCUGAGGCGCAAGAUGCUUUCCUUCAAAAGGAUUCCACUGUUUCUGCAGAGCUAAGGAGUAAGCUGGAUAUGAGCCUGGAUGAGUUACAAAAUAAAUUCCGAAGUUGGAGGGACAGCAUUUUGAGGCACCCCCCACUGACUAUGCACAAGUCAGGCAUCUAUGUUUUUUUAAACAAUGAGCUGAAGCUGUGGGACUGCUUAUUUUCUGUAAAGUCAACUCUGGAGAGUUUUUCUGCUCAAUGGGAGGACUUUAUAAAGAAGGAUUGGUCAAUGAGGAUCUCUGAGAUUAAAACUCCUGAUAUAAUAUUGGCCUUCUGCUCUGAGCAUUUCCUCCCAAAAAGCAUCAAUCCAAUUAUGUAUAAGUGUCUUGAAGAGCACUGCCUGGCGGAAAUUUCUUCUAUUUGUACGGAAGGCAAAGAAUAUGAGCUGCUGUCAAAGAUGUCCCCCUGCAUCAGAUCAGCUCCAUCUCAGCUUGUGUCGAAGAUAAUACUAGAGUCCGUCUGUAGGGCACGUGAUAAUAACGUGUGCAUUGAGGAUCAGCUGUUACAAUCUCAUUCAGCUCUCAACUAUUUCCUUUGUCAAGACUGGAAGAACAUUGACAUCUCCCAGGAGGCUCGUGAGGCCCUAGAAGAAGGCCAGAAAGCUCUGAUUAAUUUGGCAGAGAGUCUUUUUCACGGGAACAUCUGUGUAUCACACCUCCUGCAUAUUCUCAAAAACAGGAAUGAAUUUGACAAGCUUUACAACCAACAAAAAAAGAUUUCAACAUCAACAUACUCUAAGGUGGACCUGAAGAUGGUGCUGCAUUGCAGAGAGCAAGAAUGGAAAGCAUUUACUCAGGAGAAAGAACAUGUGGGCACCCUGAUAAAGAUGAUAGAUAAGAUCUGCAACUUGGUCACAGUAUAUGAGUUACCUUCCCUAAAAGAGCAACAUAAUGAAAAUAUUUCCAGGAAAAUGCUAAGUAAGCUAGUGAUGGUGAGAUCUUUCAGCUCCACCAGUCCAGCUGCACAAGAUGAACAUGUUGAAGUGCUGCAUUACAAUCUUUGCACUGAUUUGAAGACCGAUAUAUCUAAAAUGCAUCUUGUGAGGGAAAGCACUUUGAUGCUUACAUACUGGAUAAAGAAGGCCAAUGAAGAAAAUCCUUAUUCAAAUCAGCCUCAAGAAAUGUCCCUUAAAGAACUCCUCUCUACAAUUUGGGAGCCUUGCCUUGAAGAUUAUAACCAUUUGGCUAAACAAUUCGCUAUGGGAGCUGUGACACUCUUAGAAGUUGAAAAAGUCAUAGAAGCUUCUGGAGACCAAGGAUCUGGAGAACAGAUAAGGAAAGAACUGACCCUGAUGAGCAAUUUUAUGAAAGUUAAAACGCAUGACCAAGAAUGGAUCAAAAAUACUCUCACCAAAAUCCAAGAAUAUCAAAAGCUCCAACAUGCUACAGAGACGGCCAGUGCCAUGAUGGGGAUCAUCAAUGAGCUUCACCUGAAAGGAAACUUCAAAAACCUGUUAAGUCUCACAGAGUUGAAAAACGAUUCAUUCAGAGAGAAGCCUUUGAAAUCUCUAGAUGAGGGCCUUACUACAGCCCGACUUCAGCUCCAAGGGAUCACUUCUCAACAAACCACAUGUUUGGAGGAAUUUAGCAAGUGUAAGGACCUGGUGGAAUGGAUUAAGCAAAAUCUUAAAGACAUGGAAAAUGUUCAGGUUUUUGUGGAGCUGGCCUCCAUCUCAGCAGGAGAGAAUGACACUGAAGUUGACCGAGUUGCCUGUUUCCAUGAUGCUGUGAUGGGAUAUGCUGCUUUUCUCUAUGACCUCACUACUUCCUCCGACUUUGAACAGUUUAUGGCCUGUGCAAAGAAAGUCUGGAAGUCCUUGGAUAGGGAUCCAAACCUUCCUGAUAAGCUGAGGGACUUGAAUUCCUCCCUUUACUGGUUACAAGAGCUUCAAGAAACUCACGGUUCUGUGGAGCAAUCUUCUUUGUCACAGGUGGCUGCUAUCAACUCUGAAGGAGUAUACCAUAUCAAAGGAGAUCAAGAUCAACAGAAGAAGCGCUCAUUGAGCAGCCUACUGCAGUUGCGAGUGAAUAAGCGAUACUACAAUUUGGACAACGUUUUGGAUCUGCAAAAGAAGUUAAUGCUGAUGUCUUCAAAGAGGGAGCAAGGCAAGGAACAAGUCAACAUGUUUAUGCAGGUAUUCGAUAGUGUUCAAAGACUGGGCCACAUCCUACUUGACCUCCUUGCUUCUGGGAACAUGCUUUUCCGUAACUUGCAUACCUAUAUAUACUGCUGUUCUGACAGUGAAUUCUGUAUUCAGAUGAAGUUCCAUCUUCAAACUUUGUGCAUCUUGAGGCUCUCUGGGGAGGUCACAGAUAAGCUACAAGUUUUAUGUAGGUCAUUGGAAUCAUGCCACCGUGACUGGUGCAGAUUUGUCAGCGACAUGCGAUUUCAGUUUUACUCCCUGAAUUAUUAUACUGCAGAGCAGAUUGCAUUUCUUUGCGGUCAACUAAAAAACCUCUCAUAUAAGAUGUUCCCCGAACAAACUGUGAAUCUGCUGUCCUUUGUAAAACCUGGAUGUACGUUCAAGGACAUCCUUGAAGCAUGGAAUGUAUUUUCAAAACAAGAAAAGGACAGUAACUUGACUACACCAGAAAAUAUAGAAUCAAAGGAAGAUGUCUUUUCUAGUUCAGAGGAGGAAGACCUAAUUCAGUGGGUAGAUUGUUCUAAACCAAAUGAACAGAACAAUACAAACCUUACAGUUUUGUUGGACUCCUACAAUGAUGUACCUCUGGACCAAAAUGUCCAUCAUAAUUUUGAAAGUUUGUGGAAGUCUUUCAAAGAAAAUACAGCACAAUACUUGGAUUGCCACUUAGACAUUGGCUCACUUGCUCGCUUUCUCCAAUAUCUUUCAAGAAUAAAGACACAGCAAAUAAAUCGGACUGUUUGUCCUAGUUUUCUGGAUGGUAGGCCAAACCUUGUCCUUUGCCCAGAAGCUGACAUUUUGCGAAUUGCUUUGGAGGUUUACAUGUAUAGCUGUCAAGAGCCAUUGCCAUCCUCUGAUGAAGUCCUUCUCUGCAGUAAAGAGACAACAGAAGAACUAGUUGAGCUUUUUCUUCGUAGGGCACUGGGGAUUAGUCAGAAUGAAAGAGGAAAGAUUUUCACACUUAUCAAUCCUUGCCUACUGGCAUAUGAUGUGGGUGUUAGACUAGGAGAAAUUUAUGAAGAACUGGUGCAAAAUGCUGAUCCUCACUUUCAUCUAAUCAUUAUCUGUUCAAUUAAGCGACAGCAUAGAUAUGUUCCCUCAUACUUCAGUAACUUCAAAGUUCAAGUUGGACUCAGUAUCCCAGAAGAGAAAGCCAAGAAAUACCUCAUGUACCACUUUAGGACUUCACAUCUGAAAGCCAUUUUCCCAAACCAAGUAUCUGUCUGGAUUGUAUCCUCGCUUCGGCCAGCUGUCGGCAAGUCAUUGUACAUUGAGCGUCUGAGCCAAUGCAGCAAACGUGGACACUUGGUUAGAAUUAGAUGGACGGAUCCCUACAUUGAAGAAUUCUCUUUCCUGCAAAUUCUUCUUGAGAAACUGAGCAGCGUCUCCAAUAAGAAUGACGUCAUAGUUCACAUCGACUUAGCAGCGGUUCGAACGGGCCUUCAGGAGUUCCUGUUUCAGCUUCUGAUACUUGGCAGUUUUACAGACUGUGAAGGGAACCUAUGGAAGCGCAAUCCAGAACAUCUUAUUGCAGUUGAGCUGAAUAGACCAAGUAUGAAACAUAACCUAGAACAAACACAACAAAAUCUUCUCAGUGUUUUUCCAACAAUCAACUGCAGACCACCUGAUGAAGUCCUAAAGCUAGAGCCAAAGGGAAGAGCAGGCAUUUUGGACCCACUGAUGGAUAAUCAGAUAUUCGGAAGUGAAGAGGUGCAGAGACCAUACCAGUACCUCAAGCUAUACAAUUUGAAAAGGAGCUUGGAUGAUUUCAGCUACCAAAGAGGAUCACAGGAGGGUAACCCAGCAGAAUGUCUCUUUUAUCUGUUGGCAUAUUGUGGAAUAAAUAGCCCAUCGUGGGCAGAACUACUUAAUUUCACUCGCUUCCUCAAUGUUCAGCUAAAGGACUGUGAGAACUCCAUAUUCUGUAAUCGAGAUUUCAUAGGCCAACACUUGCUUGGAUUCAAAAAUUUUAUUGUUCAGUUCAUGAUUGAAAUGGCUCGUGACUUUGCAAGUACUUCUACUGAAGUCACUGACCAGAGCCCAAAUUUCCACUCCUUAAGUAAAGAAGAAGAUCUUGUUUCCGGUCUAACAACUCGUAAGCGUUGGGAGAGCGAAUCCCAUCCUUAUGUUUUCUUUAAUGCUGAUCGUUUCACUAUGUCUUUCUUUGGCUUCCAUUUGAAACAAAAUAUAUCAGGUUCUUUUGAUGCUAUUGAUCCUUGUAGCCGUCGGAUGUUAAUGAGCAAUGUCAUGUCACAACAUCUUUACAGUGGGUUGCAGAGACAGGGAUUUAAGUUUGAUGAAAACUUUGAUUUAUUACCCAGGAUGGACAAGAUCUGCAGGCUCUCAUUCGUCCUUGGGUCUCAGGAUCACAAUAGUUUGUGUGAUCCAGACAAAACAUAUGAAUUGACUGCUGACAGUGUGAUGAAAAUGCUGGCAAUCCAUAUGCGCUUCCGUUGUGGGAUACCAGUUAUUAUUAUGGGAGAGACGGGAUGUGGAAAGACCAGGCUAGUUCGGUUCCUCUGUGAUGUUCAAAAGGGAACUAAGAAUGUAGAAAAUAUGAUAGUAAUGAAAGUUCAUGGAGGUACUACAGCUGAGAUGAUAUACAGGAAGGUAGAGGAAGCAGAGCAGAUAGCUAUGAAUAACAUACGUCAUUUCAAAUUGGAAACAGUUCUGUUCUUUGAUGAAGCUAAUACAACAGAGUCUAUUUUUGCCAUUAAAGAAGUACUUUGUGAUAGAACAGUAAGAGGCCGACCUCUAAAACCAGACGCUGGCCUAAAUAUCAUAGCAGCCUGCAAUCCUUAUCGAAAGCACUCCCCAGAGAUGAUACAGCGCUUAGAGCAGGCAGGGCUGGGAUAUAGAAUAAAGGCAGAAGAAACAGAGGAUAGGUUUGACAAGGUACCUUUACGUCAGCUAGUGUAUAGGGUACAGCCAUUGCCACCCAGCAUGAUCCCACUGGUCUGGGACUUUGGUCAGCUCAGCAACAAGGCUGAACACUCCUACACCAAACUGAUAGUACAGAGGCAAAGUGUUGAGAUGGGUCUACCAAUGGAGUGUGUAGAAACUGUAUCCAAUGUGCUGUUUGCAUCUCAGCAAUACAUGCGUACACACAAAGAUGAAUGUAGCUUUGUAAGUCUUCGGGAUGUGGAACGAUGCAUGAAGGUUCUAGUCUGGUUUUUUAACCACAGGCAGCUAAUUUUUAAGAAUUCUGAGAGAAUGCGUGACUUGGAUUUAUCCUUAAGAUGUCUGGCUCUUGCAGUGGGGGUAUGCUACUAUGCCUCUCUUCAGUUCAAGGAGAAAUACCUUCAUGCCAUUUGUAAAUACUUCCCUAUUCCGUUAAACUCUACUGAGGCCUUCGAGAAAGAAAUUACAACGUGUCAAGAUCUGUUCAUUGCAAAUGUAAAGACACGCGAAACAAUUGCAAAAAAUGCAGCUCUUAAAGAAAAUAUAUUUCUGAUGGUCAUCUGCAUUGAGCUAAGGAUACCUUUGUUCAUGGUUGGGAAACCUGGAAGCUCUAAAUCUUUAGCUAAAACAGUAGUGGCUGAAGCUAUGCAUGGCCCAGCGUCUCAUUGUAGCCUCUUCAGACAUCUAAAACGAGUGCACAUGGUUUCAUUUCAAUGCAGCCCACAUUCAAGCCCAGAGGGAAUCAUCAGUACUUUCCGUCAGUGUGCCCGAUUUCAAAAAGGAAAAAGCUUGGAGGAGUAUGUGUCUGUUGUGGUACUCGAUGAGAUUGGAUUAGCUGAGGAUUCCCCACAGAUGCCCCUUAAAACGCUACACCCACUGCUAGAAGAUGGGUGCAUUGAUGAUGAAAAUCCUGAUCCUUGCAUGAAAGUUGGCUUUGUGGGAAUUUCCAAUUGGGCCUUAGACCCAGCCAAAAUGAACCGGGGUAUCUUUGUGUCACGCUGGGAUCCCAGCGACACAGAGCUGAUAGAAACAGCCAAAGGAAUUUGUUCUUCAGACUGUAUUGUCCAAAUGAAGAUUCAGCACCUUUUUCCAGUCCUUGCAAGUGGAUUCUUGGAUAUUUGCAAAGAGGAGAAGAGUGGACAGUUUUUUGGUUUACGUGACUACUAUUGUCUGAUCAAGAUGAUCUUUGCUGCUGCCAAGUCAUCUCAGGUAGAGCCAAACAAGAGUCAUUUGAUGGAAGCCAUCUUAAGAAACUUCAGUGGACUAAAGGAAGAUUUUAACCCUCUUUGCUUUUUUAAGGAACUCUUUGAUUCAUUGGAAGAGCUGCCUCAUUUAAGUACGCUUAAUAUGGUGGAGAAAAACUUAGAUCACAAUAAUCAGGAAGGAAGCCGUUACCUGCUUUUGUUAACAACAAACAAUGCAGCCCUUUACAUUCUUGAACAAAAAGUUUUUUGUAAAGAGGACAAGAGACCUCCAGAAAUUGUUUUUGGUUCUGGAUUCCCAAGAGACCAAGAAUACUCUCAGAUUUGUCGAAAUGUAAACCGUGUUAAAACAUGUAUGGAAACUGGCCGUACAGUAGUUUUAUUGAAUCUCCAGAACCUAUAUGAGAGCUUAUAUGAUGCCCUUAAUCAGUAUUAUGUUUAUCUUUUUGGCCAGCAAUAUGUGGACUUGGGACUUGGUACACAUCGGGUAAAAUGCAGAGUCCAUCCAAAUUUUAGACUUGUGGUAGUGGAGGACCAAAAUAAAGUUUACACCCAAUUCCCAGUGCCGCUGAUAAACCGUAUGGAGAAACAUCGGCUGGAUCGAAGUGCUGAUCUUGAUUUUGAACAGCGGCGAGUGUUAAAAAAGCUUGAGAGUUGGGUCCAGGACUUUGCUAUUUUUGUCAAAAAUGGCGAGAAAGUGCUCAGUGUUGCCAGCACUUUUAUAGGUUUCCAUGAUGAUGCCUGUGCAAGUUCCUUACUACAAGUUUCAGCCUGUAAAGCCAAUGGCAAUAUUAAGGACUACAAAACUGAGUCUGAAAAGAAAAAUGGAAAGCAAUUUGAAAGUAACAACGUACAGAAAAUAAAAGAGUGGCAAGAAUCGGGUGACACUGAAAGAAUUAGCAAAAUCCAAAACCAACAGAUCUCACAGGAGAAAGAAGAUUUGUAUGAAACAGAUACUGAGGUUUCAGUCAGUUCUGAAAGUGCAGUCCCUGUGCUGAACACCACAUCUGCUGAAAGUGAGACAGCUUAUCAUGGACAAUGUGAAUUAACAGGCCAGGAAGUGUCUGGUGACAAAGAUCAACCUAUGGAAGUGGAUUUUGAGGAGUUUGUACAAGAUGAGAUGCUCCAGGAUGCCAAAUAUUUACUGUUAAACUGUGCUACACCUGACUCUGUUCUUCGACUUAAGAAAUCUCAUCUGGGACAUCGAGAGUGUACAGAGCUCAGGAGAAAAUACUUUCAUGAGCAACACCAUCGUUCUCUAAUAGACUACAUGGGACAUUGUCUAAAAGUAUGCGAAGGUCAGAGCAGCACCUUUGUAGAGAUCACCACCUUUUCAAGCCUUUUAACACAAUCUGAUAUCAGGUUAUCAGCAAAGACAUUAAACAUUGAAUACAGGCAGAUCCUCUUACUGUCUUUGGAACAGUUUGAUACAGAAUUCUCCUUCUGCAAAAGAAUCAGGAAUUUCUUGCAGGAGGAGGGCUUUGCAAUUCAAGUUCUGGUCGUCCAAGCAGACUGUGAGGAAUCCACCCACAGCGAGGAGCUCAUUGCUUCUGCAAAAUACUGCAUAAUGAAUGAGAUUAACUCCCUGACACCAGCACUUUCCCAGCGUUUUGUAUUUUUCAUCAGUAAGCUGUCACGGAUUGCUGGAGGAUCCCACUACAUUGGUUUUCAAGGAGGUAUGUGGCUGUCGGUACACAUCGAUGAUCUGAGAGAAUCUGAAGAGAUGAAUGGAGAUCUGUCAGCCUUCUGCGACGUCUCUGUCAGCCAGUUGUUUUACAACUCCACAAAAGUCCAGCCAGAUGAAAGUAUCACUUUAGAUGAAACAUCUGUUAAAACCACGAGGCAUCUUGGCACAGAUCUGGACUGCAUUUCCCUGCUUAGGUCCUGCGUGCAAAAAGCAAUGGCACUGCUUAGAGACACAGGAACUCAGUCUCAGCGCAGCACAGAGAGAGUGCAGAUAAUUCUUUACCUUUUAGGAGAGAAUCAACACUAUCCAAAUGAUGAAUUUGUGGUCCUUCUGACAAGUACUCUGUAUACGAUGCUUGCACAGCGGGAUGAAAUUGUUCCCUAUCCAGCAGAUUGGGUUUAUAGAGAAGCCAUGAAGCUCCACGCCUUGCAAGAAGGUGGCACUCUCAGGAAUACACUUUGGCGUUACCUUCAAGAUGUGUUGAGCCAGCUGCUUGCUCGUAUUGUGGAAUUCCUGGACCAGGACUCAAACCUCAACUUACUUUGCGGAUCCACUCUCAACAGGGGCCUUACAAAGUUGUGGAUUGAUAUCUUUGGUGAUCCACAAAUUUUGAAACUGGCAUAUCAUUCCACCACAGAACAAGGACACCAAGAAGUUCUUGUGCAGUCUCACCUCAAGGUGGGACACCAGGAACAAGACUGUGCUGCUCCUUUCAGCUGGUUGAUCUUCCAAAACUGCCAUGCUCUCUGGGAGGAAUCAGAGUACCUUCCAGAUACUGAAGAGAAUGAGAAAGAAAAAAUACCUCGCUUUGUAUCCCGCUUUCACAAUAGCCGACUAGGCAAAUGUAUUAAAAAACUGGAACCAGAGGAGCAGCAUGAUUUUGGACAGCGAUAUCUGAGAGACUUUGUUCUACUCACAAUGAAGAUAUCUUCCACAAAAGAACUAGAGUUGUUUACUGCAGUACUAGCAUCCUGGGUAUGUGAUCUCCAGCAAGAUUUUAAGGUCUCAGAUCCUGAUCUUUCACCAGCUUGGAUUCUAGCUACAGCAGAUUAUUACCGUCCUCGACUGACCAACCUCACCCAGCUUUUGAGGAUCGAUUCCAGAUGUCUUGAUGUAAAAGUAUGGAAUACAGAGAAGCAUGCUGAUCUCAUAAUUCUGAGGAAACGCAUUGAAGAAAUGGUGCACAGACCCAUUAAAGGACUCCAAGACUGCCACUCUUUCCUACAAAUUGUAGAGGGCUUCCAGCCCUGCAUGGAGCCACUUUCUAGUCAAAAGUACCAGUCUAUAUGCAGUCCAGAGUACAGACCUAUGCUGGACUUCAUAAGGAGGGGUUGGCAGGGUAUCCUGAUGGUGGCAUCCUUUAUUGAGCAAGUGGUACUGAACGUGUGUGAUGUGGAUCAGCGCCAACUAGAGAUAGUGGUUAAGCACUGUUUUCUGCUACUGAAGUUUAUACAGACCUUUCCCAAUAUGAGGAUGAAAGAAUCUUUAGAGACCAUCAUGCGGGUCCUGAAUUCUUAUAAUGAUGAAUCAACUCGUCUUGACUUUAGAUAUGGUUCCAGCAAAUGCCCCGUGUGUAUCAAGGCCAUCUCUGAACCUGUUGCUUUACACUGUCAUCAUAUUUUCUGCCUGCAAUGUCUUCAAAAAUCCCUGUCAGCAGGCAGGAAGUACUGUCCUGUGUGCAAGAUGAAUGUACCUGAUGAAUUCAUUCCUGCUGUUUCAGUUAAGCUGAGUGAGAGUCUGAGACAACACAAUGUACUUCGCCAAUGCUGUAACUCUUUUUUCCUGGAAGUUGUGUCACGCUUCUGUCUUUGGGAGGGCAGUGUACCUGAGGAAGGUGUGGUGGAACUGCUCCUGACACUUGUUUUGGCUCAAGGAACAGCCUACCAAACACGAGAUCUUACUCCUUUUCUGGAGUGUGUGGACAGCAGUCCUGUAAUCCGUUCAGUUUUGCCAAAGCUGCUCCUACAGUGCAGUUUUGCACAAGUGAAGCCACAUCUAGAACGAUAUUUACAGGACCUGCAAGAGAACAUCUUUGACAAAGAAGAUCUGACAGAUCUCUACCUGUUGUUUAUCAACUGCUUCCAGGACUCUGCCUAUAGCUGUGGGAUGUAUUCUGAUAUACAGCAAAAUAUAUGCUUCUUAAGCAGGAUAACACGCAGACAAGUCCUCGUGUGCCAAGAAGAUCCCACUGAAUUCUUGCAGAAUGUGGCACAUUUACGAAUUUGCCUAGACACUGCAGCAGUGUUUCUUCACAAAGCCCUGACAUCCACAACAGGUCCGGAAACAGAACAAAGAAGUACAGAGCAAGAUCACUUUUUGGAAUGUAUUAAAGCAUUGUUUUUAUAUGGCCAAAAUGACUGGCACCGCAUUUAUUUACUAAGGACCCUGAACCAACAGUUUGGCAUUGAUACCAUCCAGACUUUGCUCAAGUCUACAUACUGGACCUGGGUUUUUCCAAAACAAAUCAUUGAGCUUCAGAAUAAAUAUCCCAUGCAGGUGGACCGAUUUCUAUGCUGUGGCUCCAAGUAUAAAGCAAUGCGAGAUGCCGUAUCAAUAUCACUGAUGAAACAUGAGACUGGCUUCAUCUCUACAGCUGUGCAGGGGUGCCCUCCCACGGUGGCUCCUGUCUUCUUGGCACUCGCUAUUUUCCGUCAGGUGGCCUACCAGAAUUACAUUCAAAAUCCCAUUUUGCAGCUGGAAACUAAGGAUACACAACUUCUCCAAUCCUUCAUCACCAAAAGCUCAAUUUUUCACUCCAAACAACAAAGAGAUUUUUGUGCAGCCCUUGUAAAACAUCAUUUGGGAGGUACAAUAGUUUCACUACAACUGACUGCACCACUGUCUUCAACCCGUCGUACUCUCUUGGAGAUUAUUGUUCACGUUGGAAUGGUCUUCCUAUCAGAAAGUCCUCUUCUGAGCCCACUUUUGCAAAUAGCUACCAGCCCCAGUACAAUGCAGAAUGCUUUUCUUCCCACCAUGCCAGAUGACUUGACAAGUGAAGCCCAUGGGUGGAUGCAGGAAAAGAAACUAAUAAUGUAUAAGUGCAUCAAUGGACAUGCCUGCUUUGUGGGCGAGUGUGGGAAGCCAACUACCGUGGCAAAAUGUGCCGACUGUGGAGCACCAAUAGGAGGGAUUAAACACAACCCAGUGCAUGGAUUCUCAAUGGUGGAGAAUACCCAAGACUGGACUCGUACUGGCCAUAUUUUGGGCACACCAUCUCAGAGAAAUGUUAUUGUUGCCCCUGACAGAGGAAUGUCACCUGCUGCUUUUGCAAUACUACGGCUCUACACCCAUGUAGCUAUGCUGCUGGGAGCGUCCCAGGAUACUAAUGCAAUUGAAGCCAUGAUCUCACCUAGGGUGAGAAAUGUGGAAGAUUUCCUUUUGUGUCAUCUUGAACUGGAUUUAAAAGCACUGAGCCAGUCCCUGGGCACAAAUAUGGAUGAUACAGCCAUCGCAAUCCACCUGGUUACCCAGGACUUUCUCGAAGCCAACAUGUCUGCAAGAGAAGGUAGACAACUACUUAACUCAAGGCAAGCUCGGCAAGCCUGGGAGAAGAGAGUUAGUGAUUCAGUGAUCACCCCAGUGAUGCGGAAAUGGCAACAGAGACUUCGUCACGCCCAGAGGGAAAUUAGCAACGAUGACCAGCUAAGUGACAGCCUGCUUAUGAAAACUCUACAUGGAGAUCCAGCACCCAUCCUGACUCUUCCAGCAAAUGGACCAACUAACACUUCAGAGUUCUGGAGCUGUUUGGAAAAGAUCACAGUCGAGCGUUUCACUCAGAUUCUGGAACAGCAAGGUGGUCAACAGUAUACCCCCAUGUUGUGGCUGUUUCUGAAAAAGGCAGUGUAUGUGAAGCUUCUGAAGCACCUACCAGAUCUGACUAAUCUUCAGCUAGACCUGGUGAGACUACUGCCAGCAGUAACGCAUAUUGGUCAUCAGAGUAUCAGCCAGCUAAUUCAAAGUCUACCUGCAGGCUAUUCAAAGGAGCCACUUGGGAAGCGAGUGAAAACCUUUGUGAAGGCAUGGAACCAGUUACGGGCAUCACUGGCCUGUAGUCCGGAAAUUGGUAUCGAUCCAGAGCUCUGCAAAUCAGACUUGAGUCUGGACAGUCCAUCAGAUUUCUUGUCCAUGCAGCGUGAUGGCCCUGGUUCCUGUCUCAUCUUUCUGAUUGACAGCCUAAUUGAGACACACAAUAGCCUGGUACGGGAGGCAUGUCGGCUAGAUAAAGUAGACAGCAGUCAUAGCAUCACUCUGCAGGAAGUAUCGGAGCCACAACUUAUCAUGUGCAACCCACAGCAAGACCUCUUGCCCAUCAUCCUCUCUCACUGCCAGUACAGCCUGGAAAAGGGACAAGAAACUGAGACCAGCUAUGAUUUUCAGGGCAUUGAGCGCCACGUAAUUCGUCAUUUUCUGAAGGGAAAACCUCUUAUUCAAGUGGACAUUUCUAAACACCUGCAAAGACACAGGAAAAACUUCUCAGAGAUCCUGGAUGAGGUCAGAGCCAAGAUUCCUCAGGUUCCCCUGAAGACAUCCAUAUGCAGUGCCAUCACAAGUGUGCUCCGAUCUUUCAGUGACACAUGUGAAACCAUUAACAUUGUUAAGAUUGGACUACGCUUCCUAGGAAAGACCGGCGGCGAGUCAAAAGAAGAACUUCUGUCUUACCUAAAACAGUCACUAAAAAUGGAAUUGCUAAUUUCUAUCUUAGUCAAAAAGGCUCUAAAUCAGUGUAGACUGGAGCAUUGUGUAUCUUUAUGGCAGCUAUUAACCUCCUGGAAGUCUGAAUUAAUGCUGAAGAAUAGACAGAAUCCUUUUGAGAGGCUGUCGAAUGAAUAUAAGAAACCUUUAAAUCAGGACGAACACAGUGGGCUCUCCAAGUUUUUUGGUGAAACUGAUUUAAGCACGUUUUGCUGGGAGCUUCAUGAAAUAUUGCUGCUUAAAACAAACAACUACGCACCUACAUGGGAUUUGAAAACAACCUUAGAGAGUCAUCUGGAACAUAAAAACAUGCCAGCACUACCAGGUCUGGAGUCUUUACCGGACAGUAUCUUAUUAUCACAGGGGGCAGAUGUGUGGACAACCGCACUGAGGUUCAAGAAAUAACUGAGAACUGCAGCAGAAGAAAAGAACUGCUACUUAAUUGGAAAUGAGCGUGUUAUUUCAACCAUGGUACAAAGACAUGUUUUCUGUUUUUAGACAUCCACUGACUGACAGUAGGGAACAAACUGACCAAUAGAUUUUACUACAAUGAACCAGUGGAUCCAGGAGGCAGAAAAAAACCAGUUAAUAUUUCUGAGUUUGGAAUAAUAAUGAAAUGGAGAACCACACAGUUAUUGGAGUUACUAGCUUUGGAGACUAUUGCACUGCUGCUUCUUGUUUAAUUGUUGCCUUUCUGCUAUGCAUAUCGUGUUACUCCCAAUCACUGACUAUAAACGUCAAAGAAAUAAAUUAUGCAGCUGAACACAUUUUAUUAAAAUCAUGUUAAUCAUGUUCAUUUGCAAGGAAUACCAAAACAGAGCCCCCAGAAAUACAGUCAUGUUCCUGGUUCAAUGAGAGCGUAACAGUGUACCAAGAUUUUAUUUGGUCAUUGCAAAGGGUUUUACAAUAAUUUCUGUUAGCCAAUAAAACAGAACAGAGAAACGGUUAUCUGCCUUUUAGUUUAGAAGGAGAAAACUGAUGGAAUGGUAUUACCGUUAGAAAGAAACGUCAUCAGGUUUCCCAGACAUGGCUUAUUUGCAGCUGGAAAACUGCUGAUGCUUUGUGGAGCAAAAUUUAUGCCUGAAAAGUGAUGUCAAACUCCCUCUACCUACAUGAAUGACACCAUGAUACUUCAAAACAACAUCACAUGAAAAGUAUGCAUUACCAUGAUAACAUUGGUGUGCCAGCUACUGAUUCAACUUCAGGAGUACUGAACAAAGAUAUUCCUCAUCAAAUAUACUUUAAUCAUCUGUUUCUUCUUCUAGACUCAUUGUGCUUAGACCUAAAACAAAGCAGAUCAUCUACAAAGCUCAACACAAGCCCAUAAAGUCUCAUCUCCAUGGAUGAAAAGUAUACGCUCCCUUAACCUGUACUAGAAAUAUGUCUGACAUCUGCAUAAAACUGACUACUGUUCAUGGCCCAUCCUUUAUAGCUAGUUCUUUUCAACACUCUCAAUAGCUAGCGAGGACUGAAAUCUUAUACUGUAUAGAGGAUUUGUUUUGUGUGGUGUUUGUAGCAAAUGAACUCUGAUUAAAUUAGUAAAUCAGUAAAAUUACUUAAAUGAGAUCAAGCAAAGCCUUUUCUGCAGUUGGAAUGGAGAUAUUGAAGCUUUCCCUGAUGUUAUAUGUGUAUAAAUUAAUGAUGCGCAGUAAAAUGGAUAAGAAAUGCUGGCUAAUUUUCAGUAGUCAUGUUUCCUUUAGGGAAGUAGAACAAGCCUAAUGAUAUGUUGCAAGGAAUUAUGUAUAUAUUAAAAUAAUUUUAAAUUAAAAGUAUUUCUUCCGAUUACUUCUUUUUUAGAAGUACAACAUAAACUAUAUUGUGACGUAUUUAUUUAGUAUUCACAUUCCUAAAUCAGAAUUUUUUUUUGUAAAUCAUAUGCCCAUUAUACAGUAUAACCAGAAAUGAUUCACUUAAAAUGGAAAGAUGUCUCCAUGGUACAAUUAUGAAAAUAAAUCACUUAAAAAUAAA